AUGUCGACGGAGACUACAAAACCAUCGCUCUCUACUACACCAGCUACUGUACUCGUUUCCCCCAAUACUCUCAAGCGGAAAAAGGGUGAUGACACCAGUGAGGAACAACUGGAGGCAGAGAUCAAACGAGUGGCCCUGGAGGAUGCUGACGGCCACUCUGGAAACGACCACGAUUCCCCUGAUAAUGUCCCCUCUCACGUGCAUUUACGAAUGCUGUGCCUUGUCAAACACGCUUCACUGAUAGUAGGACACAAAGGCGCCACCAUAUCCAGAAUAAAGUCAGAAACCUCUGCCAGAAUAAACGUAUCAAAUAACAUCAGGGGUGUUCCUGAAAGAAUUGUUUAUGUGAGGGGUACUUGCGAUGAUGUGGCCAAGGCAUACGGAAUGAUAGUGAGAGCGCUGCUAGAAGAACAUGGAAGCGAAGACGGCGGAGAAGACAUUGAGGUCUCCAUCAACCUGCUGAUUCCUCACCAUCUCAUGGGUUGUAUAAUUGGCAAGCGUGGGUCUCGAUUGAGAGAAAUUGAGGAUUUGAGUGCAGCAAAAUUAUUUGCAUCUCCGAAUCAAUUGUUGCUGUCUAACGACAGAAUUUUAACCAUCAACGGGGUGCCCGAUGCUAUCCAUAUCGCCACUUUCUACGUUAGUCAAACUCUGUUAAACUUUCAGAUGGAAUUUCCGCAGAAAAAAUUGAAGAGGUCCAUAUAUUAUCAGCCUACUCAGUUCAACUCAGUGUUAAUAGACCAUAGCCAAGCGAACGCCAUUCUUCAUCAAAGAAACCACCAAUAUCAUCCAAACGAUAAACUACUUACCUACAGACCCAACAAAAAUUUACCUGUAUCAUCUACUUUGUUGAGUAUGGCCACACCGCAGUAUACCACCGCUAGCGUGGCAAACGCAACUGCUUUUCAACCAAAUUUCGUUAUUCCUAAUGUGACAGUCUUGGACGGGCCCCUUAUCAGUCCGGGACCCAGCAACCAUUUAUUAAUGAACUUCGUACAGCAAGAAAUAUUCAUAGAUGAGAAAUUUGUGGGGAAUGUCAUUGGCAAAGAUGGAAAACAUAUAAAUUCGGUCAAGGAAUCCACAGGUUGUUCGAUCAUUAUACAAGAUCCUGUAGAAGGCUCUCCGGAGAGAAGGCUUACAAUAAGGGGUACGUUCAUGGCUUCUCAAGCUGCCAUUAUGUUGAUUGGUAAUAAAAUUGAAAUUGAUAGAUCAAAUGCUGAACGUAAAAGAAGAUCACCUCUCUAA